UUCUUGAUAAAAUUAUUUUGGGAAAAAUUCUUUACGUUUUUGACCUGAUAAACUAGAAGUUAUUAAACUAACUUCAUUGCAAAUAUUAUAGAAAACAUCUCCUGCCUUCUCACAAUUGAUAAUCUAUAAAUUAAAUCUAAAUGGUUAAAUUGCGAUUAUUUAAUGUCAUUGUUCAAAAUGGUAAAAUUAUCGUGCACGAUAUGGGCAUUAGUGCUUAAAAGUUUAAAAAUUCCGAUUUUUCAAACGUGCUUUGCUAACGCUUUGGAAGACGAAUUUGGUUAUCCUCUGAUAUCGAGUCCGCCAAUUACGUCUUUCUUAAUUGCGGUAAGUGUCUACGUUAUCGUCGUCAAUUCCACGAUAUUCCCACAAUCUUUCCGACAACCGAAACCUGUUUUUAUGUGUUUGUAUGAGUUUCUCGUAACCGCGUUUUUUCUGGAAUUUGCAAUCACAUGUAUAUGGACGCCUAUAGACGUACUUAUCUUAAGCACGCUACCGAAGAAAAUUUAUCCCGUACUCAAUCAAUUAAAAUUGGGAAAUGCAGCUGUAAUGUUUAGUACGAUUAAAUCAUAUAUGACGAUUCUCACAAAUGUAGUAGCGACAACGAUUUUUCUAAUUACUCUUCACGUUUCCAAAGCUGUCGAUUUCAAAGAUCUAACAGAUAAUGGAGUAAUAUAUUUUCUUGGAAACUUGGGAACAAGAUUUUGGCAACGUUUACGGAGGGAGUUUCCAGAAGUUAAGACCAUCAAGGAAAACAGAUAUCGUUACAACAAUCGUAGAAGUGACCGUAAUAAAAAUCGCAUAAUUAUUCGCUACAGGUAGUGUUUUAAGUAAGCUGAAGAGCAAAAAUUUGUGGCACGGAAGAAAUUAAACUUGAAAAUAUAUCUUUGUAUUGACUAUAAAAAAAACAGUAAUUUUCUUUAUGUUGUUGUUUCGAUGAAUGACGAUGCAAAGGGACUAAUAUAAUUCAAUUAAAAAAUUAAACGUACGCUUUUGUCGUCUCACGACGGUUUUAUGAAAAAGAAGGCAUUUAUUUCGUUCGAACUGAAGUGUAAAGUACAAAUGGUAUAGGUAAUAUAGUGAUAAUAAUAUAAUAAUUAUAAUCGUUAAUAAAUAUCAAUUCAAUUAAUAAUACGGUGUGUCCCAGUAUACUGCGGAUUAUUAAUAUUAUUAUUAUUAUAUAUACGGUAAUUGUACUAACGGGAUGUGUUCAGUGGCAGCGUUACAUUAUGUAAUAAUAUGUAUAUAUUACAGUGAUCUUUCUCUUUUCGUCGACCAACAAAUAUAGCUGUUCCUUCCUUUUCCCAUCUUCUCUCUCUUUAUAAUAAAUCCAUCUUACGUUUUAUGAUCAUUAACUAUACUACACUAUGAGAGAACACUGAUCCAGAACAAUAAAAAGAACACCUCUCUAAAAUUAUUCUACAUUGCCUUCUGUAAUUCGCGUCUUGACUCGCUUCUUGACCUUUCAUUUCUUAAGCUUUAUAAUAUAUUCUAGUGAAAAUUUUUUAUUGAAUCUUUCUGUAUGAAAUACAUUGUUCUCAAAUGUAUCGAUAUAUUUAGCACAUUUUUUGCACGUUACAAAUUUGAGAAAAAGAAUUUUAGUAAAAUAAAAAAUUAGAAAAAUUAGAAAUUAAUAUUGCACAGUUUUUGUUUAACUUUAAUCAAUUACAUUAAUUCAAUUACGUAAUACUUAACAUCUUUGUUUUAAAAAUACUAAUCUUUUACAAUAAAUAAUAAUAAUUAUUUAUAGAGCUAGUGUUAAAGAAUUUUAUGAAUUAUCGGAGGUGUUCUUUAUUGUUUUUCGCAAGAUGCGAUGUGAAGUGAAUUUCGUGUCGCUUUCUGCCUUCAUGCUUUUUUUCUGUCUCUCAUCUUCUUUUUUUUCAACUGAACGGAUUAAUUAUGUACGAGUUUGCUCGCGCUCGGCCCUAUAGUACCCCGUUUACAAAGUAUACCUUUGUGCACAAUUAGGCAGUGCUCAGAAAAAGUUGGGGAUAUGUAGGAUGAGCAUAAGGUCUUGUUUUCAUUUCGCAACCGAAGAUAUCGAGGAACAACCUCCAAUUACGUAGAUAGAAUGUAAUAUAAAAUGAGAUCGUUUUAAAAAACUCCGUAAGUACGUACUUAGGUGGUAAAUUCUCAUAUUAUAAAAAUUUCCUGUUAAAAAGGACAUUCGAACUUAUUUGCCUUUUAUUAUGACGCCAAUUUUUUGGAUUAUACGCACGAACUAACCAAGCAUACAGACUAAUCUAAUUUAACAAUGACGAAUGUGUCUUGAGCCGAAUCUUGUAAUAUUAAUUAUAUUAAUCGCGGCAAAAGUUAUACAUUGGAAUGGACUUAAGGAACGUGUCGUUAUUUUAGCUUCUCUUCAUCGAACAGUCGUGUAUUUUUUUCUCAAAUGAACUACUUUGUUUAUUUUGAAUAGUCUUUGGUUCUUUUGUUACUCGUCAUUAAAUCUUCAAUAUUAUCAUUUGUUAUGUAUAAGUACGGUUGAAGUCAGUCGCAAAUAAAAUCGUCGUGUACGUUUUCUUGAGCGACAAUCUUGCGGACUGUUUCCUGAUUUAUUCAUUAACGUCCUGAAUUUUACAUAAAACAUCGAAACCGAUAUAUAAUUACUUAAUUGAGAUUUUCAAUAUUGUAAAUGUAGAGAGAAAAAAGUAUUUUAUUGAACUUUUAUAUUAAUGAUAAGUUUGUCUGAUUUAGUCAAUUAUAAUUUCGUGUAAUUUAUAUUAAUUAUUUAAGUAGAAUAUUUUCGCACAUCUAUUGCGUCAAAGUUUAUAUUUAUUAAAACUCGAGAAUUUUAAAGAUUUAAAAUCUUCAGAAGAUUCUAUAAAAAAAAUAUUUAAAAGGAUCCUGAAAUAUUUAAGAAAAAUGUUGAUCUUUCAGAUCUGUUUUAGACAUUUUUUAAAUACUUUGCUCUCUAAAUCUUAAGCCUUCGGCACGCGAUACGAUUUUUUAUGCUAGAUCGCAUACGAGGCGUCUUAAUACGUGUCCUGAUUGGCUUGGAUGAUUAUGUCACCAAUCGUAAGCCAAUGAGGAUACGUAGUAAGACGCCUCGUAUGCGAUCUAGCAUGAAAAAUCAUAUUGUGUACCGAAGACUUCAAUCAGUGGAUAUUCACUGAUUCGCAGUGGGAUACUUAUAACUGUGAUAAUCAGUGAGUAUUCACUGUCAUUCAGUAAUUUUCACUUCAGAGUUAGUGUAUAAUCACUGAAAGAUCAGUGUAUUUACUUCACUGAUUGGUAAUCAAUAAAUGAUUAUAAGUAUAUCACUGAAAGUCAGUGUAUUUCCACUGAUUUUGUCGAGUUUUCACCGAUUCUGAUUUAGAGAGUGUAUAAUUUUGUGAAAUGUUGGCAUUGAAAUAUCGGUUUCGAUCUCUACAUUCUUUCAAUUUCAGAUCUUUAGACUCUGCUUUCCUGUCAUAUAUUUUCCAGCCAACGUAUUUUAUAAAUACGACGUGUACAUAUACGCGUACACGGUUUUCAAAGCUUUUACGUAAAACAACUGAGGUGCACGGGUCGAGCGAAUGGAAGAGCGUUCGAGCCUCAUCGAUAUGCAGACACGCGAUCAAUCGCCAUCGCAGAUAUUUUCAUCAAUUUUACAGAGUUACAAAAGUGGAAACUUGAUUACCAAUUCAAGUAUACAGUAAUUUUUAUUUCAAGCAGUUGGACGAAUUUGAUAUUUAACGACGAGAAAAUUUUUUUGCGAUAUAAUUAAUAUCCAUUAUCUUAAAAACAAGAAAGACAAAUAUCUUAUUUUAAUUGUAUUUAAACUAGAAGGAUGACGUUUCGUCCUUAAUCCUCAAGUUAAAUGAACGAUCGAUCGCAUCUCAUCGACGUGUACACUCGCAUAAUUAGGCUGCCUUUUUGUGUUUGUGUGUGUGUGUUUUUUUUUUGCCACUGCACACACGCGACGCGCGCUCGCGCGCUACUCAAUACAGUUACUUAACGAUAAUUCUUUCGUCCUCCAAUAACCUCAUUCAAAUACUGUCUCUGCUUAGAAU